AUGCUUCGCUUCCCUUGCGGUCGCAUAAAGCGCCAUCUCCGAAACCUCACGCGACAGAAGACGCGCAUCGGCGCCAAAGCCAGCAUCUACCUGACCGCCGUUCUCGAAUACCUGACCGCCGAAGUUCUCGAACUAGCAGGCAACGCUGCCAAGGACUUGAAGGUCAAGCGCAUCACGCCACGCCAUCUCCAGCUCGCCAUCAGAGGUGACGAGGAACUCGACACACUCAUCCGUGCUACCAUUGCCUUCGGAGGUGUUUUGCCGCACAUCAACCGCGCAUUGCUACUCAAGGUGGAGCAAAAGAAGAAGGGCGGUGCCGCAAAGGCUGGCGAGGUAUAG